AUUGAUGCCAACUGCACAUAUGCAAUAGUCCAUCUUUCCGGGCCUUCGAUGCAUCAUGAUAUCUUUAAAUGAACUAGGCUGGGUCCUUAUAUAACUUGCCACCGUUGAGGGGCUAGUUCUCUGCUCUCACGACCUCCCUCACCCGCUAUGAACGUUACUCUUGCUGAAGAGCUUAUGCGCGGACCUUUGAUGGGAGUCUUCAUUAGCAUGUUGUGUUCCUGUAUUUCCAGCAUCAUGCGAAAGAUCACUGGAGUAUUCAGACUAUGGAUAUUGGAAACGCUCCAUGCAGCGUUAUCGAUGAGCGUUAUGGACCAUUACCUUGUUAGAGGCUUCUCAGAUUUAAAAGCACUCGUUCGUGUUGAUUGGGAGAUCACAUUAUUAUGCUUGGCGAAUCAAAACACAAAUUUUCAGGUCUCGAUUAUAGCUGCGCGUUUUGGUGCUUUACAAUUUGAUGUCUAG